AUGAAGGAGGGAAUGGACAUGUUCGCGGACCGGCUGAAAAAGGAGUAUCUCUAUAAGACAGAACUGAUCGAGGAGCCUUUUCUUGUCAUCCAAGGGAAGGAUGCGGAGAAAGUCAGAAACGCCUUUGAGGAGUUACAAACUAAGAAGCGUACGGACCUCAACACCCCGGCAAAUGAGCAGACUUCUCAGAAAUCUAAGCAUGCAAAGACGAUCGAGAAAAUGGUGGCAGACGAUACGAUCGGACAUCACUUCAAGAGCACCAGCGUGGCUCCGCCGGAAACCAUCUCGGCAGCUGCUAUACGAUAUAAAUAUAUAUACGAUAUCUAUCGUGAGGAAUUCGAUCCCGAGACAUCGAUGACGAACGCCCAGUUCACCUUACUCCACGAUCUAUGGAGAAAGCCAGCACGAACAGGGCCUCGUCCCUUAUUAGAAGGGCUCAUCGCACCCGAAGACUCCCCAGCUUUGAAAACGUGCGCGAUUUGCGACCUGUCACCACCUAUGAUGGCGAUAUACGAGGCGACUAUGGCAGCUGCGAAACAAUCGAAUGGAGAUAAGCCACUCCCACUCAAUCCCAGACUCACUCACACACAACUUUCUACUAUUGAUGGUUGGCUUCUAGAUGAAGUCAUAAAUAUAUAUAUCGAUGCGGUGGGGGAAGCAUGCUUCCCCCGGAAAGUCGUCAACUUCACAACCUAUGCUCUGAGAACAGAUCUCGAUAAGCCCUCAAGAGUCUUGAAAUCCAAAUUUUUGGCCCUUUCACAAGUCGAAAUUGGACUCUUACCGGUGAAUGUGAACUACACACAUUGGGUUCUCCUUGUCGUAGAGCCUGCUACGAGACUCAUCUACUACUUCAAUUCCAUAGGAGACCAGCCGAUAGCCUCGUCUACUCAGGUUCAGACGUUGGUCAGGGAUCUGCAGGCUCAAGACCCAGGUUCGGGGCGAGAGGAGUAUCAGGUCAAAAAGGGUCGGUCUCAACAGCAGACUGACGGGAGUGCCUGUGGCGUUUUCACUUGCAUCACUGCUUGCUGCCUAUGCAUCAACUUCAAUCCGAGACGCAGUUUUCACCAAGGUCAUAUCGAGCAGCUCCGCCGACACAUUGCCGCUGUCGUUAUCGAAGACAGUUUUUUUGGAAAUGUCGGCUGGACAGAUGAACAUUUUCACGAUGAGAAAAAGUCAUUGGAGGAGAUCCUGGGUGCUUAG